AGGAAUACAUUAUGACGCAAGAGGAAACGUCCAAGGCAACUACGUUCUGUGACGAGGAGGAUGACUCAACCUCAGGCUCUGCGGGCUCGGCGGGGGAAGACGCAGCGGAGGCGAGGGCACCCAGCAGCCCCCUUGGGCGUCGCCGCAGCGCACCGAAAUCCGGAGGCGUCAGACCGCCAGAGGACCGGCGGCCGCGAAAGACAAUGGGCAACGUGCUCUCCUGCUUCCACGGAUCGUUCUCGCCCAGCGAGGUUGAGGCCGAGCACAAGCUGCUCCCCGUGGCACCCAGGCCACCCACCGAUGGCAGGGCCGAGAGUGUUGUGCAGGUGAAGAGCGUCGACCUGCACGUGAGCCAGAAUGCGAAAAAGCACCACACGGACGACUUCGACCUGAGCAAAGGGGAGCACCCCAUCCUGAUCGUGCGCCGAGGAGAUCCCUUCAAGGUGACCGUCGAGCUGAACCGCGAGUACAACCCGGACAAAGAUGCUCUGGCCUUCGUCUUCACCGUCAAAGAUGAGGAAACACCUUCGUACACCAAAAACACGGUGGCCGUCGUUCCGGUGGGGUACCGAAGCCCGAACGAGGUGUUCGGCAUCACUUCGUGGGCAGCGCUUAUACAGAGUACCCUGGACAAGAGUCUGGACAUUGAGAUUACGCCUCCCGUCAACGUCAUUGUGGGAGACUGGGUGAUGGAUAUCGACUCCAAGAUUCGCAAUGACGAUGAAUUUGGCUACCGAUACACCCACAAAGAUCCCAUCUAUAUUCUCUUCAACCCUUGGUGCAGAGCCGACACCGUCUACAUGGACGACACCAGAAUGAAGUUCGAAUGUGUGCUCAUGGACACCGGACUCAUCUGGAGAGGCAAUCACACCAGGCUUCGACCCACCGUUUGGAAAUAUGGACAGUUUGACAAGAACGUUCUCGAGUGUUGCGUCUACCUGCUUCGACACGUCGGAAAAUUUGCAACUCAGUCCCGCUCGGAUCCUGUCAAAGUGUCCAGGCACAUUUCUGCAGUGGUGAACGAGGCGAACGAGGGAGGAGUCCUGUACGGAAGCUGGAAGACUUCCUUCCCGAACGGCACGCAUCCUGCCGCGUGGACGGGCAGCGCUGCCAUUCUGCAGCAGUACCUAAAAUCCAAGAAACCCGUCAAGUAUGCCCAGUGCUGGGUCUUCUCUGGAGUCACAACCACGGUGUUUCGCGCCUUGGGGAUCCCGGCGAGGAGUGUGACCAACUACUCCUCGGCCCACGACACCCACAACAGCCUGACGGUGGACAAGUUCUACGACGAACACGGGAAGAGUAUCGAGACGCUCAACAAGGACGUCGUCUGGAACUUCCACGUAUGGAACGAGGUGUGGAUGACCCGGCCCGAUCUCGAGCCUGGGGACUAUUCCGGCUGGCAGGCGAUCGACUCCACGCCGCAAGAGGCGUCCGACGGUGUGCUCCGCUGCGGACCAGCCAGCGUGAAGGCCAUCAAGAGGGCGGAGAUCCUGAAACCCUACGACGGCACCUUCAUCUUCGCCGAAGUGAAUGCGGAUGAAAUCUACUGGCGGUAUCAAGGACCCAUGCAGCCACUGAAACUGAUAUCAAAAACGACCGACCAAAUAGGACGUUCCAUCAGCACAAAGGCUGCCGGCCGAUUCGAGCGGGAAGACAUAACUGACAACUACAAGUAUCCCGAAAGUACGGCUGAAGAGCGGAACGCGAUGCUCAAGGCACUGCGCAAGUGCAACCACGCCUAUUCUCGGUACUACCUUAAUGACGAUAUGGAGGACGUGGGCUUCGACUUCGAGCUUGUCGACGACAUCGUGAUCGGAUCGCCUUUCACAGUUAAAUUGAAGGUGACGAACAAGAGCCCGACGAAGAACUACACGGCGCAUGUUAUCAUACGGGUGGAAGCCGUCCAUUAUACCGGCAAUAAGAAAAAGCAGGUCAAGGACGAGAGUUACGAGGUUCAUCUCAAGCCCAACUCAAAGGAGGAGGUGGGUAUGUUGGUGACUUAUGAGGAGUACGAGAAGGCCCUUUUGGAUCAAGCCCUGUUCAACAUCUCCACUCUGGCCACGAUAAAGGAAACUAAAUUCGAGUAUUUUGCCCAAGACGACUUCAGGGUUCGCAUGCCUGACGUCAAGAUUGAGAUCGAGGGAGAACCAUCCGUGAAUAAGCAGCUCAACGUGCGAGCAAGUUUCAAGAACCCUCUCCCGAAGCCGCUCAACAAAGCUUACUUCGUUAUCGAAGGGCCAGGACUCUCGAAGCCGCUGCGUCUUCUGCCCCACAAACAAAAAAUUGCGCCUGGCGAGGAAGCGAGGGUGUCCUUCCAACUGGUCCCCGAGUCAGCCGGACCCAAGGCGAUCAUUGCCAAAUUCUUCUCCAAAGAGCUGGACGACGUCGACGGCUUCAAGGCGGUGGACGUCACGGACACGACGUUCGCCCAACCCACGAAUUCGAUCACGGUCACAGCCACCGCUUGAACGGCACUUCCGUUCGAGGCGGUGAAAAAUUUAGGGCGCACAGGAUCUUCAGGUGGCAGCAUGCGCAGAUAUGCGAUACGAAUACAAUCAGUUAUGAAGCGCUCCGAAAGAAGUGACGUCUUGAAGCUAACUCGCGAGUCAAAUUCAACAUAAUAUAAAUGUUUGCGUCGUCGUUGUUUUUGUUGUGGCAUUUAAACCGGUAUCACUAGGACAUGCUAGGGAUGCGCCAACAAUGAAUGAGCUGUGACUGCGUUAAUCACCUGCUGAGCUGAGUUUCAUAACUUUCUUUAGGCUCGUGUUGUCGCUUAACUGAUAUAGUUUUUUCCUCUAGCUCGAAAGAGCGAGGAAGUGUGUGAUAAAUUCGCAGUGCCGGUAUGCUUGUUCGGCAAUGUGAAGUACAAGGCAAACAUCUAAUUGACGCUGAGUCUCGUCAUGGAAAAUAAAAGCCAACAAAGGAAACGUUUCCGAAA